UUGUAGCAUAUAAGUCAGCGACUGGUUCGAGGCUCAACAAACACAAAAUGUUUUUCAAGGCAGUAGUUGUGUUCUGCGCGUGCGCCUGCGGAGCGGCGGUGGCGGGACCGCGCUUGAAUCAAGUCGAACCAUUAGAUAAGACUAUUUCGUUGGACUCUGUAUUGAUGUUAAUUGGUUUAACAAGAAUCCCAGAACUGAACGUCAGAGUAUUGAGGGAUCCGACGCCAUCGUCAAGAGAUGACUUGUCAAAACCCGUGCAUGAGAGAUACCCAUCAGCUGUCCUCUUCGGCAGAACAUGUGGGGGUACAAUUAUUGGGGACCGAUGGAUCCUGUCCGCUGCUCAUUGUUCAUUAUUCACAAGUGGCAGGGAGGUAUUGGCUGGAACCAAUAACACAGAGGAUGACACUGGCACUCGGAGACGAGUUAAAAAGUUGUACGUACAUCCUCGCUUCUCUGUUGGUCCCUAUUGGCUCAAUGCUCGGAGCUACGGAAUAAAACAGGUUGCGGCUCGAUGGGACUUCCUGUUAGCAGAAUUAGAAGAACCACUUCCAUUGGACGGCAAGACCAUGAUGGCUGCCCCAUUGGAUGACAUUGCGGAGCACGAGGCCGGAGAGACCGUCGGAUUUGCGGGGUUCGGAGCUGAAAACCAUGGGGAUGUAAUGAGGCCGCAAGAGCAUGCCAUGGACUUAGAAGUGCUGGCCGACUCAAGCUGUGCUAAAUUAAUCGAAUACGAUAGCCAAGAUAUGCUUUGCGCGACUGGCCGACCUCCAAGAUACGAUACAGCUUGUAAUGGAGACAGUGGUAGUGGUCUGAUAAGCGAUUCUGGCAGCGUUAUAGGUGUAGCUUCUUGGGUGGAAAACGAUGCCUUCGAAUGCAGAAACGGUGCUACCAUAUACUUUUCACGAGUAUCCGCAGCAAGAGAUUGGAUCAAAAAUGUGACUGGCAUAUAGACACGUAAUUAAAGAUAAGACAAACCAAAGAAUAUUUAAAUGACAAUCGACAAUCCGCCUUACUUAUAAACCACAACUUGCUGACUAAACGCCUUAUGUUAAAAUCUUUUUGUCAAGAGAUGCUACAACUGAGACUGAGCAUUUUUAUAAGUAAGGAAAAUUAAGACUUAAUUAAUCAUCAUUAUUGUCAAUGGUGACUGGCUAAUUCUUAUCUGACUUAAAGAUUUAGUAAUGUUAAUAAAAUGUCGCCAACAUGAUUCCAUAUAAAUUAAUACGUAAAUUAUACUUAAUAUAAAGUGAAACUUGUACAUAAUUCUAACAAUAAAUGGCAGUUUAAAUGAUAAGAUAGCGGGUAAAGUCUUCAAUACCGACGUAUGUGAAUGGUUUAAUAGAAAAGUAUAACCGAGGAUAUGAUAUAGACUAUAGUUGACUAAUAAGCACUAUAGUUAACGCUAAUAAGUCGUUUUCAUAAGGAAUUUAGUACUCGCGAUAGCCGAUAGGUUUCAUCCAAAACAUUUUAACAGAGGUCUAAGAUAUAAAGUUUUAAAAGUACAAAAUAUCGCUUGAAACUAGUCAUGUGCUUGUACUUGUUUUCAGGCUGUACUAUACUUAUAUUUAAGACAAUAAUUCUGUACGUAAGAUAAGAUUUUGAUAAAUAAAUGUUGAAAAUACA